AUGAUUGAAUUUGUGACGAAAUUGAUACGGGAGAAAUUGGGUGUCACCACUGAGCUCCGCAUUGAGCGUGCUCACCGAACACCUGCGGCGUUUCAAGGACAGUAUCCUCGUCCCCGCUCAAUAGUGGUGCGUUUCCAGAGUUACACCACAAAACAACAAGUGCUGAAGGCUGCGUGGACAAAGAAAAUUGUUCAGAUGGAUGAGACGAGAAUCUACUUUGAUGAAGACUUUAGUCCAGUGGUCUUCAAAGAACGCGGAAAGUAUAGGGAUGUGCGUAAAAUGCUCCGAGAAAGGAAUAUAAGACAUCACAUCCUCUUUCCAGCCAAAUUGAAAAUAUUCUGCGAGAAUGGUAAGGCCAAAGUGUUCGACAACCCGGCAGCUGCCGCGGAGGGCCUGCGUGAAUAUGGCAUUGAGAUGACCUUACCGGCAGAGGAUCCAGAUCUGGACUCAUUGCUCCGCGCAACGGGCUGGCAAACACCUGGUUCCCACAAGCGGAGAACCCCUGAGACUGAGACUAUGAAUGCAAUGAAAGUUUUACUGGGGAAUAAAAAAUGA